AUGGUGGUGGAUGACCACCAUUAUCUGCGGGGAGAUCAGUUACCCACCGAGGAUAAUAACAAAAACAAUAAUAAUCACAGCGACGACGGCAACGAGAACCACCACGAUACCUCUUUCAUGAUGGACGAGAAUAACGAUAUGGCCGAGAAGGAUGUCGAGAACCACACGCAGGACGAACAAGGAACAGAAAGAAGGGAAGAGCAUGAACAGGAGCGACAGGGACAAGGACAAGGGACAGACCCCAACCCCUCAAUAACCGGCUUAGAGGACCAAAAUGACCACGACGACUCAUUUCUCCCCCCUCCGCUACCCGAUCGCGAUGACAGCAGUCUCCUGCUCCUAUCCAGCGAGGACGACGGUGACCAUGAACGCGGCGAGAACGAGACCUUUCUCGAGGAGAGGGAAAUGCGGAGGAAACUAAUGGACAUGGAGUCUAGUUUCCUUCCAGAAUCAUCUACGAUGGACAUGAACGUUGCCACCAAUGAGGACGCCGGUGCCGAUGAUACAUACUUGGUUGGGGCCCUGGAGAAAUAUGCUAAUGCACCGCCGCCCAAUCCUACCCAACCGGAGGGCCAGUCUCAGCUAUCCAUAGGGAAUGAGACAAGCCAUGACCUCACGUCUAUCCAGGAAGACGAUACGCCCGCUCCACAAACGCCGCGUCAGAGUGCAGGAGAGGGAAAUACGACGAUUGACAUGGAGACUACUACGCCUGCUGGUCAUCCUCCGGAGCGACAGCAUGAAGACGAAGCCACUAUACUUGAGAAUCCCACUUCGUCACCAGCCGCUCAGGCCGCCGCGAGAAAUGAGAACCUGAAUUUGUCGGCAUCUGUAUCAGAGAAUACCGGACUUGGUCAGGCAUACCAAGAGGGCAAAAACCCAUCAGCUGACAAGUCGGCUACACCACAGUCGCGACGGUCCUCGCAACAACUGCGAACCAGUUCACAAAGCGGAAAGUCCAGAAUAUUCAACGACAGUAGUGACGGAGAGAUGGCUCCCCGCGCUACCGUUCGAAGGGGAAACAAGCCAAAGUAUCUGAACAGUCGCCAAUCGGCACAACGCUUAUCCUACUCUUCUAUUGCGACAACCAACACCGAAGAAACCCAUAGCGAUGCGACUCUGGGUGCUGAUUAUGCACUUCAAUCAGGAGGCGCGGCCCCGGAGAGCGCGAAUGAUGCUCAACCCGGGCAGCAUGGCAACUUGGCGCGCUCUGUUAGCUUGGGGAGCGUGGCAUCGGGAAUCUCGGGGUAUAGCGAUGAGAACCCGCUUGACAAGAGUAGCAAGAAUCCAGCAGGAGCCUCUGAUAGCGGUCUACAUACUCUGAGCGAGGAGGAAGGUUAUACUUCGCAGUCCCGGCCAAGCUCCCGGCCAGCCCCAGGGUCGCCUCAGCAGGAAACAUCCACAGAAGACACCGAACCGAUGACACCAAAGGCGAAGUCAUCAGAGCACAGUUUCCCCACGGACACCGCCAUCACGGAGCGCAUCAAGGACAUACAGGUUCCCAGUGCCUUUUCCAGACAGUUUCGGGAGGAACUUGGCCACCGUGCUUUGUCUCCAGAGAGGCGUACAGGGGCAACAUCCACCCCGGCGUUUGGAAGGAGUGGUAGGAGUAUGACGCUCAAAGAGCAGAGCAGUACUAUCGACCGUCUGUCAAAGGAGAACUUUGAUCUGAAGAUGAGGAUCCACUUCCUUAACGAGGCCUUGAAUAAGCGUUCAGAGGAGGGUAUUAAGGAGAUGAUAUCGGAGAAUGUCGAGUUGAAGUCGGAUAAGCUGAAACUCCAGAAGGAUAACCAAGGUCUCAAGAGGAAGGUUCGUGAUCUGGAAAAGCAAAUCAAGGACCAGCAGUCAGACAAGGAGUCCAUGGUCAAUCACGAUCCCGAAGGCUCGGAUGAUGAGCACCGUGAUCCGAUGCAAAAUGAAGAGAUACUUUUCCUACAAGAAAGGAUGGAGAGUUAUGAGCUCGAAAUUGAACGUCUUCGGUCAGAAAGCAUCGCGAGGGAGUCUGAGAAGAGAAGGCUUGCUGAGAUGGUCAAGUCGCUCAGUAAUGGGAGACCCGUUGACUCUGAUGUUGGGUCGAGGGAGGAGAGGGAUAUGUGGAAGGAUAUGCUUGACGCGGAAACCGCCGCGCGUGAGCAAGCAGAAGAAGAGAACAAGGUCCUACGCGAUGAAACGUUGCGUUUGAGAAGCGAGAUGGAAUUCGCACUGGGCAGUACCAGAUCAGGCCAGCGUGACCCAACAGUCGCAGGGGUUUCCUAUUACUCAAGCACGACAGAGCGGGAGUUCAACAACCGUAAAUCGAGCGGCGGUACUCUUGUGAUAGAAUUGGAGCUCCUGAAGCAAGAAAAUGCUGAACUGAGAAAGGAAGUCAGUGCGCAGACUUCUAUGCUCACUUCUCGGAACCGAGAAAAGGAACGCCUGUACCAGGAGAUCGAGGAGCUGAAGCUUGGACAACGCCGUGAUGGUAGUCGAUCGAUUGCUGGGGACAGUAUCUUUGACCGCUCGGCUUCACGAGCACAUGGCAGGUCGUCCUCGCGGGCCAGUGAAAUGGCUCCAGAAGAUGAGGCUGAUCGAGAGGAACUCGAGCUUCGCAAUGGACAACUGCGUGACCAAGUUUCCACGCUGAAGCUGGAAAACCAAACAGUUCAUGACCAACUGGAGGAAUGCGCCCAAGAACUCGAAGCACUUGACAAGGCCUACCAGGCUGAUGUCGAGCAAGCGGAAGAGGAGAUCCAAAGUUUGCAACAGGAGCGCGACCAGGCUCUGCAAAUGGCUGAGGAACGCGAUGCCGCUUUCCAGGACUUAAGAGCGGAGGCCCAAGAAGAACUAGAUGCUCUUGGCGGAGAGUUGGAACAGAAGGUGGAAGAGUGCCAGCGUUUGAACGAAGAGGUGCGGAACCAGGAUGAGAGUCUCCAAGUAUUGCAGGCGGAGAUGCGCUCUGCCGGCGAGGGCAUUAUUCGUCUCGAGGAAGAUGCGCAGAAUAACCUAGAGCGGUACAAGGCUGUUCAGCAAGAACUUGAAGACUCGAAUCGGGAGAUGGAGCAGUUGGAGAAUAAUCUCUACGAAGCCAACACCAAGGUCCAGCGACUUACUGUGCAGAUUGAAUCGAGCCAAAAUGAAAUUGCCUUCCUGCGCGAAGAGCAAGAUGGCGAUAAAAUCAAAAUUGGCGAUCUCGAGUCUGAGCUGAAGACUUACGAGAUCAACCUUGGUAGUGAAAGGGACAAGACCAGAGAGCUGGAAGCUCGCUUGGCGGAAGAGAGACACCAGCGAGAGGUCGUCGGAGGUAAAGAGAAACAGGAAGUCCAGCGGAUCGUGAACGAGUUGAACCGCGAGGCGUCCACUGCCAAGGACGAGUUGCGAAGACUCAGGAAGGCCCUAUCUGCUCAAGAAGUCGAGACUGCUACUUGGCGUGAGCGGCUCAUGGACCUGGAGAACAACCUCCGUGAAACGCUUGGUGACCUCACCGGUAGCCGCUCCAGUCUCAUCACCAACAUUGUCAAGUUGCAAAAGGAGCUGGAGUCGACAGCGCUGGAGCUCGAGAGUACUCGUUCCAAGCUGGACGAAAAGGAAUCUCUCUUGCGGAACCGCGAUGCUCUUCUUGAGAGCCAUGGUCUGGAAUCGCGCAAGCUGUCUGAACUUCUAGACCGCGAGCGCCAUGCUCGUCGAGCAGACAAGCAGUCCUUCGAACAGGCAAUCAAGUCACACCACCAGACCUCCCGCAGCAUCACGCAGAGCAACUCGCGCAUCACCGAGUUAGAACAAGCGCGCAGUAAAGACCACAAACGCUUCACGGGUCUGGAACAGCAAUUUAAAGAUCAGCUAAGUGAACGGAACGCAAUGCUCCUCACCAUCUGGAAACGUCUCUCAGCCAUGUGCGGUCCAGACUGGGCACAUUCCAACAGUCUCAUCAACGGCAACCUCCCCAGCCAAGAAGUCAUCGGCAACAUCCUGUUCUGGCCUGGGUUCAGUCGCAAUCUCAUGCUCGCUGUUAAGACAAUGGAAGCGGUGAUUGGGGGAUUCAAGAACCGAAUCAAGGGCGUCGAGCGGGAUUUGGCCAAGCAGUACCAGAACCUGGAACACACUUUCAGCUUGCGGGUGAAGAAGCUCGAUCGUCUUGAGGAGGGAAUCAUGAACCUGCGCGCCCAGCAGCAUAGCAAGAACCAAUCCGGAAUGUCGCCAGAAAUAGCCAAGCUGCGCGGCGAGAACCGAUUGUUAAAGGCGGAGCUCAACCUGAUCCAAUCGCAUUCCCGUAGUCGUGGGCCCGUCGCAGGAUCAUCAGCACAGCCUACUUCUCCAACACACGAGAGUAGCAACGGCAACAACGUCGACCCUGACGUUCAAAGAGGUCUCGUACGAAGCUCCACGACAACCGGCAUCCCGCAACCAUCCCACUUCUCCGAAACAACCCUAGCCGAACAACAGGGCGCCUUAGUCCAUGGUUACCGCGCGCGCCACGGCGCAGAUGCAGGAAACAGCGAAAAAUGGAUCCAGCGUCUCCGCGAACUCGAGAAACGACUGAAAGCCGAACGCGAAGCUAGAUUGUUAGACCGCGGUGGUGCACGGAAGAGACUCGAAGAACGUGAUGCAGAGAACCAACGCCUUCGCGCUCAGAUUGAGAGACAGCAGCGUGCUAGACGGAGUAUCGCUGCGGCGGAUGAGCAGUAUGCUGGGAGGAUUCAAUCGGGUGAUCAACAAGAUGAUGACCAUAGUUCGGACGAGGGGACAGGGUUCUAUGUUGAUAUUGAGGUUUAA